UCUAUAUCGACCGUGAUACCCCGCGCAUCAUACUGACAUUAGCGCACGCUACCGGAGCGAGUACUCAGCGACCCUAGAUCGAACCAGCCGCAGAAAAUCAACUUCGACAGCUUUCCCGCCCCCGAUCAUGUCGUCGGACCAGGAACGCGAGCAUGCGCUCGAAUCGUUCAAGCGGAAGCUGAUAGAGUCCCGGGAGUGGGAGACAAAACUAAAGAACUUGCGGUUGGAGAUCAAGGGCAUGCAGAAGGAGUUUGAUCAAACAGAAGAGAACAUCAAGGCAUUACAAAGUGUCGGCCAAAUCAUUGGUGAAGUGCUGAAGCAGCUUGAUGAUGAGCGAUUCAUAGUCAAGGCUUCCUCCGGGCCCCGUUAUGUCGUAGGCUGCCGAUCGAAGGUCGACAAGUCGAAGCUGAAGCAGGGAACACGUGUGGCGCUCGACAUGACGACUCUCACCAUCAUGAGGAUGCUUCCGCGCGAGGUCGACCCGCUCGUCUACAACAUGUCGCUCGAGGACCCGGGCCAAGUGAGCUUCGCGGGCAUCGGUGGGCUCAACGACCAGAUCCGCGAACUGAGAGAGGUGAUUGAGUUGCCGCUCAAGAACCCGGAACUGUUCCUUCGGGUCGGCAUCAAGCCGCCCAAGGGAGUGCUCCUCUACGGCCCGCCCGGCACAGGGAAGACUCUGCUUGCCAGAGCUGUAGCCAGCAGCCUCGAGACAAAUUUUCUGAAGGUGGUUUCCUCGGCGAUCGUGGACAAAUACAUUGGAGAGUCGGCGCGGCUGAUCCGUGAGAUGUUUGGGUACGCCAAGGAGCACGAGCCUUGCAUCAUCUUCAUGGACGAGAUUGAUGCCAUUGGCGGGCGGCGAUUCAGCGAGGGAACAAGCGCAGACCGCGAGAUCCAGCGCACCCUCAUGGAGCUGCUCAACCAGCUCGACGGCUUCGACUACCUCGGCAAAACCAAGAUUAUCAUGGCGACAAACCGGCCCGACACCUUGGACCCGGCGCUGCUCCGAGCUGGGCGACUAGAUCGCAAGAUUGAGAUCCCACUGCCCAAUGAGGUCGGCCGAAUGGAGAUUCUCAAGAUCCACGCUGCAAGCGUGGCAAAGGAGGGCGAGAUCGACUUCGAGAGCGUGGUCAAGAUGAGUGAUGGCCUGAAUGGUGCCGACCUGCGGAACGUGGUGACCGAGGCCGGCCUGUUUGCUAUCAAGGCUGACAGAGAUGCGGUCAACCAAGACGACUUCAAUAAGGCGGUUCGUAAACUUGCCGAGGCGAAGAAACUGGAAGGAAAGCUGGAAUAUCAGAAGCUGUAAAUAAGCUGGUACCAGCCACUGUGAGACAGCGAGUUGAAGGGGACCGCACGGAGGUGGUGCACGAUGCUACUGUGUGGUUAUGAUGUUAGACGUAGGAUAAAAACGUCCAUCGAUGCAUCGCAUCAGCGCUGGCAUUAGCUGUGUACUAUUAUAAGAGGAGUGUAGGUUUGAUAAGCGGCAUUGGAAGGCUGGGAUCUUCUCCCGGUGAGCGUAUCACGCUUUCAUGGAGUAGCUAUCCCUUGUCUGAACAUGAGACAAGGCAGCCCUUAGGUCUUUACAUCCACUGGAUGUUUUAUGAAAGAUCUUGAUCAUCUUCGUUUUCUGCUGGCGAACUGCGGCUGUCCGGCAGUGCCCC